AUGCAGCAUGUGCUUAGCCAGCAGAAGGUUCUGGAUUCAAUUCCCAGCAACCAAAGAUUUGCCAGGAGGUCAAACCAGGCCGGAUGCCUGGGUGAGGAGAAGACAGCUCUAGAGAAGGUCUGUAGGGAUAAGCUGGAUGGAGUCGCCAAGCUCCGCACAGUUCGGGAAGCCCCCUCUGAGUGCAUCUGUCCCCCAGGUCCCCCUGGACGGCGUGGCAAGCCUGGACGAAGAGGCGACCCCGGUCCUCCAGGGCAAUCAGGACGAGAUGGCUACCCGGGACCUCUGGGUCUGGACGGAAAGCCAGGACUUCCAGGCCCCAAGGGGGAAAAGGGUGCACCAGGAGACUUUGGCCCGAGGGGAGCCCAAGGGCAAGAUGGAGCUGCAGGACCACCUGGGCCCCCUGGACCACCUGGGGCCCGGGGCCCUCCUGGUGACACUGGGAAAGAUGGCCCCAGAGGAGCUCAAGGCCCAGCGGGUCCCAAAGGAGAGCCUGGACAAGAUGGCGAGAUGGGCCCCAAGGGACCUCCAGGACCCAAGCCUCAGCUGUUAUCUUCUCAGGGAGAUGAUGGGAUGCCCAGCCAGCCAGGACUCCCUGGACCCCCAGGGCCCAAGGGUGAGCCAGGAGAUGUGGGGCCCCAAGGAGAGAAUGGAGUGGACGGUGCCCCAGGACUGAAGGGGGAGCCGGGCCACCCAGGUGCAGAUGGAUCCGCAGGGCCCCGGGGUCCCCCAGGCCUCAAGGGAGAACAAGGUGACACAGUGGUAAUCGACUAUGAUGGCAGGAUCUUAGAUGCCCUGAAGGGUCCUCCUGGGCCACAGGGAGCUCCCGGGCCACCAGGGAUCCCUGGAGCCAAGGGUGAACUUGGAUUGCCUGGUGCCCCAGGAAUCGAUGGAGAGAAGGGCCCCAAAGGAUCAAAAGGGGACCCAGGAGAGCCUGGGCCAGCUGGACCCAAAGGGGAGACAGGCGAGAUGGGCCUGUCAGGUCUUCCGGGUGCUGACGGUCCCAAGGGAGAAAAAGGAGAGUCAGCAUCUGAUCGCCUCCAGGAGAGCCUGGCCCAGAUCAUUGUGGAGCCAGGGCCACCCGGUCCUCCUGGCCCCCCUGGCCCCAUGGGCCUCCAGGGGAUCCAGGGUCCCAAGGGCCUGGAUGGAGCCAAGGGAGAGAAGGGUGCAUUGGGUGAGAGAGGUCCUCACGGCCUGCCUGGACCAGUUGGCCCACCAGGCCUUAUUGGGUUACCAGGAACCAAAGGAGAGAAGGGCAGACCUGGAGAGCCAGGACUCGAUGGUUUCCCUGGACCCAGGGGAGAAAAGGGCGACCGGAGUGAACGUGGAGAGAAGGGGGAUCGAGGAGUUCCUGGCCGGAAAGGAGUGAAGGGCCAGAAGGGUGAGCCCGGCCCACCGGGCCUUGACCAGCCAUGCCCUGUGGGUCCUGAUGGCCUGCCCGUGCCUGGCUGCUGGCAUAAGGAAGCCGGCAGGAAAGCGGACAGGCUGCUGUGGGGAAAUGUGUUUGAGGACCCCUGGCAGGGCCUGGCUUUCCUAGAGAUGACGAAGGUGAAAAUGCCUAGCUCAGUGACCCCUUGA